CUCAGCCGACCAUCAGCCACCCUUAAUUGAAGUUGAAUCUGCUAGUGAAUACGGGCUCUGCGUCGGGCCUAACUGGUGCCAUGGCUUGCCCAAUGGCGUCGGGCACCGACACCGACACCGCGCGCUCCCGCACCCACGAAGCUGAUGAGCUCAUCCAGCGAGCACAGAGACAGAGAGACAGACAGAGACAUCGCGCAUGUCAUUGAUUAGCCGGGCGGCUGCUGAAGUUUGUUUACCUACCUCUGUUGUGUUGGAUGUGGUGGGUGAGGACGAUGUUCUCGGGCAGCACCUGCUUGUGCGCGAUGCCGACCGAGUGCAGAUGCGACAGGGCCAUCCCAACCUGUGGGUGGGUGGGCCCGGGUGGGUGGGUGGUCACACACACACAGGCAUACAGGCAAACACGCAGCCGAGCAUCACUCCUUCCUCCCCACCUGCACAACGAUGUCCUUGACUAUGUCCUCUGUGUACACGAAGAUGCGAUGCCGCCGCGGCUGCGAGAACCGAGCCGGACUGCAUGGCAACCAACAUCCCGCCAUCCAUCCAUCCAUCCAUGCGCCCACCUGAGCAUUGACGACACCAUACUGGCCGACGCCGCACUCAGCCGGGACCCCUCGGGCCGCACCGACACAGCCGGAGGAGUUGUGUCCACCGCCGUCCGCACGACACCACCACCAGCAGCAGGAGGGGCUGGGGGCGGGUGCAGGGGAGGGUCCGCUGCGGGUGGUCUGGGUGCCUGUAGGUUGUUGUCGUCCUCGAUGUCGCGGCCCUCGCCCUGGCCGGUGCCGGUGUGGAGUUGGCGGAUGGUGUAUGAGGCGAGUUGCCGCUUGUACUUCAUGGCCUGCCCGCCGGGGGAGAGCUCGGUGAUGGCCGUAAGGCUGCGGGACGGCACGUCGGCUAUGAUCUGUUUGGUACACACAAGUAGGGAGAGGGGAGGGGAGGCGGGUGUGUUCUUUGGUGGGUCGGGUCGCUUGCCUGUUUGACGUCAGUGACGUGUGGGUGGUGGACCAGUGCAUGGAGGGUCAGCGAACGCAACAUCUGCAGCCACACACACACACACACAUGCAAUGCAUCCCUCCCUCCAUCCCUCCCUCCCCGGCCACCCACCGACCUGCAUGAGUUUGGUCUCCGUCUCGCCACUCGCUAAGGCCGCCGCCUCGCGCCACAGACCCUCACACGCCACAUACUGCGCACAAUAAGAAGGAAACAACACAAAGGGAAGACACACAAGGUCUUUCGCCAUUGGAUGUGCGUGUGGGGGGUGGUGGGAUCAGUCCAAUCUCUGACCCGUGCGGCCAUCUGUCCUCCACCCUCGGUAUCCUGCACGAGCAGCGUCUUGGAGCGCUUGGUGCGGCCCAGCUCACACACUACUCGAUACUUGUCGUCCACCACGCCCCCCACACCCACACCCACGCUACCACAGAUGCUACGCUCGCCCUGGCCGUCCUCCCCCUCCCUCUCCCCCUCUUGCUGGUCUGGCCGGCCCUGCUCGUCGAGAGGCAGGCCCCAGUUGUUGGCCUGGGCGAGCCACUCGUCGAGCAGAGAGCCCGCAGACGGCGACUCGGUGAAGCUCUCGCCGUGCAUGGCCUGCCAGAUGGAGGCGAUGCUGCUGCACACAUCACACACGAAUAUGACACACACGUAGAGAUGCAUCUGUGGAUCGAUCUAUACCGUCUUGCUGUGGCGGCGGGGCUAUUCUCUUCCUCUACACUCAUCAUGGCGGCGUCAUCCCCGCCGUACGCCGAAGAACCGACAACAGAUCUGCACACAUGGACAAGUGGACGGAUGAAAGAUACAAUAGAGAGGAAGCGGCAUGUGUGUGUACGUGUGUCAGUUACUGCAUUAGCGGCCGCAGGUGUGCCACCGCCGGGUGUGCGAAAACAUCGGGCAGCGUCAGACGCUGCGAAGUGUCGGGGUGCAGCAUGCCUCUGCACCAACCACACACAACACAGACGCAAACAGACCGCUUCAUCCAUCCAUCCAUCCAUCCAUCCAUGUGUGUGUGUGUGCUGUACUCGAGUAGGUUUCGCAUGUCGGUUGAGAUGGCCGGUUCGGGAGGGAGGGCGACCCGCAGGUCCCCUCGGUAGCACUGCAGCUCGUAAUCAGACCUCGACAGCUCCCUGCAGUCCACCACCAACAGCCAAACCGAACCAAACCAUCCAUCCAUCCAUCCAUCCAUUUUUGUCCCCGGCUCACUGACAUCCAGGGGAUGCGUCCGUAGAGCAGCACGGCCGCCGUGACGCCCAGACCCCACACAUCCCUCGCGCGCCCGUCGUGAGAUCUGUCCUCCUCCCCAUUGCCGACGAAACACUCUGGCGGGAGGAAGCACGGGUGGCGAUACUGACCUGCAGCCGGUACAGUAGCAUAGGUCAGAUCAGAUCAGAUCAUAGAUCAGAUCCACACAACAGAUGGUGGACGCACCUGUGCCGCGCACUUUGAAGUCGGAUUCGUUGACGGGUUCCGCCGCGUCAAGCGUGUGAAGCUUCACGGGGCAACGAAAACCGGGCAUCGCCAUUUUCUAUAUAUCAAAGGA